UACGUAGUCACGGACACUUCCGGUGGAUAACACAUCCACGAUUUUGUUUUGUGUAUGCGUAAUGCGUAUGUAUCAGCUGACACGUGCUCAUGAAAAGCAUCGUCCGGGCAAUAAGCAGUGGCGAUUUUGUUAAAAAUGACGACACGCAUUAAUUCGCAGAAAUUAAAAGUAAUUAUAAAAGAGCAAAACUGGGAUGAAUUAUUGCAAAAUGUCAAACCGAGGCAUUUUGUCGGGCAGGAGUCAGAGACGAUGCCGGACGCAAGUAUCUUAGCACAGAUGUGUCGAGUACUCGUGAGCGAAAACGCUCCUGAUGCGAUUGUAAUUUUAUGCCUGAAAUGCUUGGGGAACUCUUGUCUCGACAGUUACAAAUACAAACGGCAUACGAUAAAAAACGUAGAAUCCGUUAGAUACGGCAAAGAUUUGUACAAUGAAUUGGUCGAGAAUGAUUUAUGCAAACGAGGAGAGAACUGCGAUUAUCCGCACGAUUCGCACUUUCCUUACGACGGAGUCGUAGAAUGGACUGUAGAUUGCAUUAAGAUACGUGGGAAGUCUGUGUUCCGCUUGCUCGACAACGAAUUGGACAUCCUUAGGCUCAGCAUCCAAUUUUUAUGUAAUUUAUUUACGUACGCGUGUCCGGAUGUUACAUCCGCAGACAAUGACAUUCUGAGAUAUUUAAAUUGUGAUAAUAACUUGCAACAAGCUAUUCUGAGUUGCAUGCAGUCUGAUCACAGACCCCUCGCCAAUGCAGCUUGCAUAUACGUGCACAACGCGUUAAAUAAAUUAAGUCACAGCUAUUUCACACUGGAGAAGAGAGAUCUAGGUUUACAGUUGUUAAAACCUGCCAAGGAAGAUUUUACAUCCGCAAAGGAUGCGCUGUUACUUCUGUUACGCCAACCAAAUGUAUUUGAGGAUACUUAUGACAGUGCGGCUGUCAGCGAGAAGUUAGAUUUACUUGAAAUUAUCCACAAUGAAAUCUGGAAGUCCUGGCAAUCCGAUCUGAAUACGGUGCUCACAAAGGAUCAGGCGGAAUUUCUAGCGUUAACAUUUUGCAAAAAGAGUGAUCUCAUUUUAAAGACCGCGGACACGUAUGUGAAUAGCAUAGAUCCUACGGAAAUUAUUCUUAUUCUUAAUAUUCUGGGGCUUCUUACUGCGCAAAACAUGAUCUCUGAAAAUGUCAGGUGUUUGCUUAUUAACUGUAAAUAUCUCUUGAUGUCGUUACAUAUGAUGGGAAAGGAAGCAGACAAUUAUUUUACUCCAAUAACAAAUUUAAGUAAAGUGGCACCCAAUGCACAAAAUAGAGCUGUAAAUAUAUGCUCAAGUACAAAUGGUACCGAGGCAACCGGAACAACGGCAGCAAACUGCGAUCCACAGGAGCAUCCUGCAUAUGGCUUUAAAGCGGGACUGACACAAGUCAUUGCAAAUGUGGUACAUAAAAAUAAAAUGUGUCAAGAUCUGUUUCGCGAGAUCGAUGGAAUCCCAUUGCUUCUGGAUUGUUGCAACAUAGACGCGAGGAAUCCGCUUAUCUUGCAAUGGACCAUUCUCGCUUUGAGAAAUCUGUGCGAGGGAAAUCCUGAGAAUCAAGAGAUCAUUAGGAGUUGCGAAAAAACGGGCGUGCCGGAUAAUCCGGCGCUGCAAGAGAUGGGACUGACUCUGCACGAGGACGCGGACGGGAAGUCGAUUCGUAUCGCUCCUCUGCGUCGCAAUUAGGAAGAUUUAUCUGUUUCCUAGGACGCGAGAUAUCGCCCCGCGGCGAUCGAUCGGUCCGAUAAUUAUCAAACUAUUACUUGUUUGUAUCGAUAAUAUCCCCGAUAAGAUGCAAUGAUUGGUUUAUCUUGGUAUGCAUAAAUAAUUACAUUAUUCCAAUUAGUCGGACUGAAAUGUAUCCUGCUGUACCACUCGCGAAAAAAAAAGCACCGCAAUUACAACGGAUCGUGCCAUUAGACGAAAUACGAUGUGGUACGGGCACCGAGAGAAAAGAGAUAUUUUAUCUACCAUUCAUGGCCGAGUGAUUUACGAUACAAUAAAAGCUGCCGCGAGAGUUCACGGUCUAUUAGUAAUUGCUAAUGUAAGUAUAUACAACUGCUAUCGUUGAUCAUUCAAUUGCAACGCGAAAUGGAUUUCGUUUUCCUUUUUAACGAUGAACCCUCAUCAAGAUUUCAUUAAAUGCUCACGGAGGACGAUGAUAAUUUUUUAGGCGGCGUUCUGCAAAUCAAAUAAAUAAAUAAAUUAUAGCAAUAAAUAAAGUGUCUAUACACGUCCAUGCCCGUUUUUCCCCGCCCUCUCGCGAAAUUGCUCAAGAGACGAAGAGACUAGUGGAGAUUCCUGUUUAAGAAUUAUAGAACCUCCAAUUAUGCUGUCAGGAGGACGCAGUGUUUUAAUAAAUAAUUUCUCUAUUAAUUAA